AAAGCGGUAUAACGGCGGGAUAUGGAAGACAACUAUCUCACUGCCGCCCCCGCGUUCUCCGUCUCCGACAACAGCCGCAGCGUCCACUUCGCCGGCGGCGCAUCGCCCGACCCCGCUGCCGAUGUGGAGGCCCUCCGCCGCUUAUCUGACAACCUUGGUGCCGCAUUCGAGUCGCCGGACUUCGAGUUGUUCGCCGACGCCCGCAUCGCUGUCGAGGACGGCGGGGCGCCGGCGCGCGAGGUCGGAGUCCACCGGUGCGUGCUGUCCGCGCGGAGCCCCUUCUUUCGGGAGGUGUUCGCGGAGCGGGAGGGGGCGCUGGCGCCGGUGAGGCUGGAGCUGUCGAAGCUGGUGAGCGGGUUCGUGGUCGGCUACGACGCCUUGGUGACGGUGCUCGGGUACCUCUACAGAGGGAGGGUGGCGCCGCUGACCAAGGAGGUGUGCAUGUGCGUGGACGAAGAGUGCCGGCACGAGGCGUGCCGGCCGGUGGUCGAUUUCAUGGUCGAACUGCUCUACGCCUCCUUCGUCUUCCAAAUCUCCGAGCUGGUCAGUCUUUUCCAGCGACACCUUCUUGAUAUUCUUGACAAGGUGUCUAUAGAUGACAUUCCGGUAAUCCUAUCUGUCGCUAACCUGUGUGAUAGCUCUUGUGCCAAAUUAUUCAACAAGUGCAUAGAGAUUGCAGUUAAGUCAGACCUGGACAUCAUUACGCUUGAGAAGACAAUGACUCCUGAUAUUGUCAAGCAAAUCAUGGAUUCACGCUUGAAUUUGGGAACAGUAGGACCUGAAAGCAUCAAUUUUUCUGAUAAACGUGUCAAGAGAAUACAUGGGGCUCUCGAUAAUGAUGAUGUUGAUUUAGUAAGAAUGCUGUUGAAGGAGGGGAAUACAACACUAGAUGAUGCAUGUGCUUUGCAUUAUGCAGUGGCAUAUUGUGAUUCAAAGGUUACAACAGAGCUAUUAGAUCUUGAACUUGCAGAUAUUAACCAUAGAAACAUCAGAGGCUAUACAGUGCUUCACAUUGCUGCAAUGCGUAAGGAACCCAAGAUCAUUGUGUCGCUGCUAACAAAAGGAGCUAGACCUUCUGAUCUAACACUAGAUGGAAGGAAAGCAGUUCAGAUCUCAAAGAGACACACCAAGUCCAUGGAGUACUUCAAGUCAACUGAAGAAGGACAAGCAUCUCCCAAGAGUCGUUUGUGCAUCGAGAUAUUAGAGCAAGCUGAAAGAAGAGACCCGCAAGUAGGAGAAGCUUCUGCUUUUCUCGCAAUAGCUGGUGAUGACUUGCGGGGAAGAUUACUAUACCUUGAGAAUCGAGUCACUCUUGCAAGAUUAUUAUUCCCCAUGGAGGCAAGGGUUGCCAUGGACAUUGCUCGAGUUGAUGGCACAUUAGAAUUUACCUUAGGGUCUACUACUAGCCAUUCUACUGGAAAUCAAAGAACAGCAGCGGAUCUAAAUGAAACACCAUUCACGAUCAAAGAAGAGCAUCUAGCACGUAUGAGAGCACUUUCCAGAACAGUGGAACUCGGGAAGCGCUUUUUUCCCCGGUGCUCAGCGGUUAUCAAUAAGAUCAUGGAUGAUGACUCGACAGAUUUUGCUUAUCUUGAGCAUGAUGCAUCAGAAGAGAAGAGGAUGAGAUUUUUGGAACUUCAGGAUGCCCUGUCGAGAGCAUUCAGCGAGGACAAGGAGGAAUUCAACAAGUCUGCUUUGUCUUCCUCAUCAUCAUCAACAUCGGUCGGCAUUGUACCAACACAAAGAUGAUACAUUGUGCUGUAUCUCCUACAUUUCCUAUGGCUUCCUUUUGCUGACUCCUGCACUGGGAACAUUUUGUUCUUGGUCCUGCUGUAAAAUGUAUUUUGGUGUGAUGGAUCUGUUCUGUUUCAAAUUUUGUCCUGGAAUGCUUC